CGAUAAUGAGCUACCCACCUGGAAUGCCGCUUCCGCCACCAGGCAUGCCAGUGGCGCCGCCCCCCGGUAUGCCGCCUCCGAGCCUUGCUCAGGCGUCCGGCUCGCGUAUGCCUCCGGAAGUGCUGGCACAAAAAUCCCAGAAGUGGAUCCAGAUGCAGAAGAAGCGGUAUGGGGAGAAGCGCAAGGGUGGCUUUGUGGACAUGGGCAAGCAGGACCUGCCGCCGGAGCACGUCCGCAAGAUCAUCAAGGACCACGGUGACAUGAGCAACCGCAAGUUCCGGAACGACAAGCGAGUGCAUCUCGGUGCCCUCAAGUACGUCCCACACGCGGUUAUGAAGUUGCUCGAAAAUAUCCCCUUCCCUUGGGAGCAGGUCCGCGAGGUGCCCGUGUUGUACCACAUAACGGGCGCAAUUACCUUCGUCAACGAGGUUCCUCGCGUCAUCGAACCCGUUUAUCAUGCUCAGUGGAGUUCCAUGUGGCUUGCUAUGCGGCGAGAGAAGCGCGAUCGACGACACUUCAAGCGUAUGCGCUUCCCGCCCUUUGAUGACGAAGAACCGCCCCUCGACUACGGCGACAAUGUCCUGGACGUGGAGCCGCUGGAAUCAAUUCAGCUGGAUCUCGACGAAGAGGAAGACGCCGCUAUCGUCGACUGGUUCUACGACCCGAAGCCUCUAGUUGGCGACAAGACUGCUGUGAACGGUCUGUCGUACAGAUACUGGUCGCUCUCCCUGCCGGUAAUGGCGAACUUGUAUCGCAUUGGGCGCACUCUCCUGUCCGACCACACCGACCAGAACUCCAGUUACCUGUUCGACAAGAAGUCGUUUUUCACCGCCAAGGCGCUGAAUUUGGCCAUCCCCGGUGGUCCGAAGUUCGAGCCCCUGUACAGGGACAUGGACACGUUUGACGAAGACUGGAACGAGUUCAACGAUAUCAACAAAGUCAUCAUUCGCCAGCAGAUCCGAACGGAGUACAAAGUAGCCUUCCCGCACCUAUACAACUCGCUUCCUCGUUCCGUUCGCAUCUCUCCUUACCACUCCCCGAAGAACGUGUACAUUCGCACCGACGAUCCCGACCUGCCUGCCUUCUACUUUGACCCGCUCAUUAACCCGAUAUCUUUGCGGGGUUUCCAGCCGAAAAACGCGCCCCUUGUCUCGCACGAAGAUCGUAUCUUUGGUCCUAAUGGCGCGGACGACGACGACUUCGAGCUCCCAGACGAAUUUGAGCCUUUGCUUGAAGACAAGCCGCUGGAGAACGAUUUGACUGCUGAUGCGAUUGCUCUCUGGUGGGCGCCUGAGCCGUACAGCCGUCGUUCCGGUCGCAUGCGUCGUGCACAAGACAUCCCUCUUGUCAAGAACUGGUACCUUGAACACUGCCCACCUGGUCAGCCUGUCAAGGUCCGGGUGUCGUACCAGAAGCUGCUCAAAUGCUACGUACUGAACGAGCUGAAGUCGCGGCCAGAAAAGGCGAUGACGAAGAAGAACUUGUUCCGCCAGCUCAAAGCAACCAAGUUCUUCCAGACGACACGACUGGAUUGGGUCGAGGCUGGUCUGCAGGUCUGCCGGCAGGGGUACAACAUGCUCAACCUGCUUAUUCACCGGAAGAACCUCAACUACCUCCACCUCGACUAUAACAUGAACUUGAAGCCCGUCAAGACGCUGACGACGAAGGAGCGCAAGAAGUCGCGAUUCGGAAACGCCUUCCAUUUGUGUCGUGAGAUUCUUCGUCUCACCAAGCUUGUCGUCGACGCGCAUGUCCAGUACCGUCUUGGUAACGUCGAUGCGUUCCAGCUUGCGGACGCCAUUCAGUACAUCUUCGCCCAUAUCGGUGCACUGACUGGCAUGUACCGGUAUAAGUACAAGCUCAUGAGACAAGUUCGUAUGACAAAGGACCUGAAGCACUUGAUCUACUACCGUUUCAACACCGGCCCAGUCGGAAAAGGUCCCGGAUGCGGUUUCUGGGCUCCAGGUUGGCGAGUAUGGCUCUUCUUCAUGCGUGGUAUCGUUCCCCUCCUCGAGCGCUGGCUCGGCAACCUGCUCGCUCGUCAGUUCGAAGGUCGUAACUCGAAGGGCAUCGCGAAGACGGUCACGAAGCAGCGCGUUGAAUCGCACUACGACUUGGAGCUCCGUGCCGCGGUCAUGCACGAUAUCCUCGACAUGAUGCCCGAGUCGAUCAAGCAGAACAAGUCGAAGACGAUCUUGCAGCACCUGUCGGAGGCGUGGCGUUGCUGGAAGGCAAAUAUCCCUUGGAAAGUGCCCGGUAUGCCGACGGCUAUCGAGAACAUCAUCCUUCGGUACAUUAAGAGCAAGGCCGACUGGUGGGUCUCCGUCGCGCACUACAACCGUGAGCGUAUCCGUCGCGGUGCUACUGUUGACAAGGCAGUCGUGAAGAAGAACCUGGGCCGUCUCACUCGUCUCUACCUCAAGGCUGAGCAGGAGCGUCAGCAUGGUUACCUCAAAGAUGGUCCGUACAUCAGUGCUGAGGAAGCCGUCGCGAUCUACACAGCGACCGUUCACUGGCUCGAGUCGCGGAAGUUCUCCCCCAUUCCUUUCCCUCCGCUGAACUACAAGCACGACACGAAGCUCCUGGUUCUUGCGCUCGAGAAGCUGAAGGAGGCGUACUCCGUCAAGGGCCGCCUGAACCAGUCUCAGCGUGAGGAGCUGGCGUUGAUUGAGCAAGCGUACGACAACCCGCACGAGUGUUUGUCUCGAAUCAAGCGUCUGCUCCUGACCCAACGUGCGUUCAAGGAGUCCGGUAUCGAGUUCUUCGACACCUACGACAAGCUCAUCCCAUGCUACGAUAUCGAGCCCGUCGAGAAGAUCACCGAUGCGUACCUUGACCAGUUCCUGUUCUUCGAGGCCGACAAGCGCGGUCUCUUCCCCGCUUGGAUCAAGCCUGCUGACACAGAGCCUCCGCCGCUGCUCGUGUACAAAUGGUGCCAGGGCAUCAACAAUUUGACGGACAUCUGGGAGACGAGCGAGGGCGAGUGCAACGUCAUGAUGGAGACGGUUCUAUCCAAGGUCUACGAGAAGAUCGACCUUACACUGCUCAACCGUCUCCUGCGGUUGAUCAUGGACCAUAACUUGGCCGACUACAUCACGGCGAAGAAUAAUACCGUUCUGACGUACAAGGAUAUGGCGCACACUAAUGCGUACGGCCUCAUUCGCGGCCUCCAGUUCUCUGCUUUCGUCUUCCAGUACUACGGCCUCGUCCUGGAUAUCCUUAUUCUCGGCCUUCAGCGCGCCAGUGAGAUGGCAGGCCCGCCACAGGUGCCCAACAAUUUCCUGCAGUACCGCGAUGUUGCGACAGAGACUCGUCAUCCAAUUCGUCUGUACUCCCGCUAUGUCGACCGCAUUCAUAUCCUCUUCCGCUUCAGUGCUGAGGAGGCGCGUGAUCUCAUCCAACGCUACCUGAGCGCAAACCCUGACCCGACGAACAACAACGUUAUCGGCUACAAUAACAAACGUUGCUGGCCACGCGACUGCCGGAUGCGUCUCAUCAAACACGACGUCAACCUCGGACGUGCGGUCUUCUGGAACGUCAAGCAGAGCUUGCCGCGCUCGCUCACAACCAUCGAAUGGGAAGACACUUUCGUCAGCGUUUACUCGAAGAACAACCCCCAGCUUCUCUUCUCGAUGUGCGGCUUUGAGGUCCGUAUCCUGCCGAAGAUUCGGACGGUCAACGGCGAGCAGUACUCGCUCAAGGAUUCCGUGUGGAACCUUACGAACGAACAGACGAAGGAGCGCACGGCACAGGCGUUCUUGCGAGUGUCCGAUGAGGGCGUCCAGCAGUUCAACAAUCGCAUCCGUCAGGUUCUCAUGAGCUCUGGCUCGACAACGUUCUCCAAGAUCGUCAACAAGUGGAACACGGCGCUCAUUGGUCUCAUGACGUACUAUCGCGAAGCCGUCAUCCACACGAACGAGCUACUCGAUUCCCUGGUCAAGGCGGAGAACAAGAUCCAGACGCGUGUUAAGAUCGGUCUCAACAGUAAGAUGCCGUCGCGUUUCCCGCCCGUCGUCUUCUACACACCCAAGGAGUUGGGCGGUCUCGGCAUGUUGUCGAUGGGUCACGUCCUCAUCCCGCAGAGUGAUCUCCGAUGGUCGAAGCAGACCGACGUCGGUGUUACCCACUUCCGCGCUGGCAUGUCGCACGAAGAGGACCAGUUGAUUCCGAACUUGUAUCGCUACCUUCAGCCCUGGGAGGCCGAAUUCCUGGACUCCGCUCGUGUGUGGUCUGAAUAUUCGAUGAAGAGGAAGGAGGCGAACGCGCAAAACCGACGUCUGACCCUUGAGGAUCUCGAAGAUAGCUGGGAUCGUGGUAUCCCCCGUAUCAACACUCUGUUCCAGAAGGAUCGUCACACCCUCGCGUACGACCGUGGUUGGCGUGUGCGCACGGAUUGGAAGCAGUACCAGCUGCUUAAGCACAACCCGUUCUGGUGGACAUCGCAGCGCCACGACGGCAAGCUCUGGCAGCUCAACAACUACCGUGUCGACGUCAUUGCUGCGCUCGGUGGUGUUGAGGGUAUUCUCGAACACACGUUGUUCAAGGGCACCUACUUCCCGACCUGGGAGGGUCUCUUCUGGGAGAAAGCGUCCGGCUUCGAAGAGUCCAUGCGUUACAAGAAGCUCACAAAUGCCCAGCGGUCCGGUCUCAACCAGAUCCCGAACCGUCGCUUCACCCUAUGGUGGAGCCCGACCAUCAACCGCGCCAACGUCUACGUCGGUUUCCAGGUCCAGCUUGAUCUAACAGGUAUCUUCAUGCAUGGUAAAAUCCCGACUCUCAAGAUCAGUUUGAUCCAGAUCUUCCGUGCACAUCUGUGGCAGAAGAUUCAUGAGAGUGUCGUCAUGGAUCUGUGUCAGGUGUUCGAUCAGGAGCUUGAGCCCUUGCAGAUUGAGACUGUCCAGAAGGAGACCAUCCACCCGCGUAAAAGUUACAAGAUGAACUCGUCAUGCGCUGAUAUCUUACUCUUCUCGGCCUAUAAGUGGAACAUCUCUCGCCCUUCGCUUGUUACGGAUAGCAAGGAUGUCCUCGACGGCACCACCAGCAACAAGUUCUGGGUCGACGUCCAGCUUCGUUGGGGCGAUUUCGACACUCACGACAUCGAGCGGUACACUCGCGCGAAAUUCCUUGACUAUAUCUCCGACUCGAUGAGUAUCUACCCCUCACCAACUGGUGUCAUGAUCGGCAUGGAUCUCGCAUACAAUCUGUGGUCCGCGUACGGCAAUUGGUUCCCAGGUCUCAAGCCGCUCGUCCAGCAAGCUAUGGCCAAGAUCAUGAAAGCCAAUCCGGCAUGCCACGUUCUUCGUGAACGUAUUCGCAAGGGUCUCCAGCUCUACUCGUCUGAACCCACCGAGCCAUACCUGAACAGUCAGAACUAUUCCGAGCUGUUCUCGAAUCAAAUCAUCUGGUUCGUCGACGACACCAACGUCUACCGUGUCACCAUCCACAAGACGUUUGAGGGUAACUUGACAACCAAACCAAUCAACGGCGCUAUCUUCAUCUUCAACCCGCGCUCUGGACAGCUUUUCCUGAAGAUCAUUCACACUAGUGUCUGGGCCGGACAGAAGCGUCUCGGGCAGCUUGCCAAGUGGAAGACGGCCGAAGAAGUCGCUGCGUUGGUCCGCUCGCUCCCCGUCGAAGAGCAGCCGAAGCAGGUUAUCGUCACCCGAAAGGGUAUGCUGGACCCGCUUGAGGUCCACUUGCUUGACUUCCCGAACAUUGUCAUCAAGGGUUCUGAGCUACAGCUUCCCUUCCAAGCCUGCAUGAAGAUGGAGAAGUUCGGUGAUCUAAUCUUGCGUGCGACCCAGCCGCAGAUGGUUCUGUUCAACUUGUACGAUGAUUGGCUCAAGUCCAUCUCGAGCUACACCGCUUUCUCGCGCCUCAUUCUUCUUCUUCGCGGCCUGCACGUCAAUCAGGAAAAGGCGAAACUUGUUUUGCGCCCGGACAAGAAUACGAUAACCGAGCCUCACUUCGUCUGGCCGUCGCUCGGCGAUGAGGAGUGGAUCAAGGUCGAGGUUGCGCUUAAGGAUCUAAUCCUCGCGGACUUUGGCAAACGCAACAGCGUCAACAUUGCCUCACUUACUGCGAGCGAAAUCCGAGACAUCAUCCUUGGACAGGAGAUCGCCGCCCCCUCGGUGCAGAGGCAACAAAUGGCUGAACUCGAAAAGAGCAACGAAGCUCAGGGACAGGUGACCGCGGUGCAGACCCAGACGACCAACAUCCACGGUGACACCAUCCAGACCGUUACGACCACAAACUACGAACAGCAGGUGUUCAGCAGCAAAUCUGACUGGCGAGUGCGCGCGAUAUCGGCAACACACCUACCCCUCCGUCUGCAGCACAUCUACGUGUCGAAUGAUGACGUUAAAGACGACGCUUCCUCUCACACCUUCGUCCUGCCGAAGAACAUCCUUCGCCACUUCGUCACGGCUGCGGACCUUCGCACGCAGGUCGCGGCCUACCUCUAUGGCGUGUCGCCGCCCGAUAACAAGCAGGUCAAGGAGGUCAAGGCUGUUGUCUGGGUUCCUCAGCGCGGAAACAACAAUAACGUGGAACUGCCAUCGCAAAUGCCGCGCGACGACUUCCUGCUCAAGGAUCUCGAGCCGCUUGGAUGGAUCAAGACACAGGCUCUCGAGCUGAACCACCUUUCGCCGACGGACAUUACGACGCACGCGAAGCUAAUGGCUGACCAUCCGGAAUGGGGCCCAUCGUCCAUCUGCCUCACCGUGGCGUUCACUCCCGGCUCCGUCUCGCUGUCGGCGCACUCGCUGACUGUCGCUGGAUUCGAGUGGGGCCGCAAGAACACUGACACUUCUCCCAACCCGUCUGGCUUUAACCCGAACAUGUCAGAGCGUAUCCAGCUGCUCUUGUCUGACAGGAUCCUUGGAAUGACGUUGGUGCCCGAAGGUCGUAUCUGGAACUAUGGUAUCGGCCUGACCCAGCUCUGGUCACCAACCAUCAGUUACUCGGUCGCCCUCGACACCCCUCUGCUGUUCUGGGCAGAGGAACACCGUCCUGCUGCAUUCCUCUCGUUUGCCAACCUCGAAGCCGGUGAUGACAGCGCGGACGUUGAAAAUAAUUUCGCUUAGAUAUUCACCAUAUGAUUUUGCUCGUCGUAUCUUGCAGUGCUUUGCGAAUGGUGUAAUUGUAGUGUAUUGUACCAAUAAGAUACUAUACUUUCCGGUAUGUCACUGAUUCCAAUCCUAAUGAGUUGAGCGACCGCGAAUAUAACUAUUUAGACUACACUAAUUGAACACUAGCACCAAGACCAAAAAAUUGACCAGAGCGACACAGCAGUAGCAUAAACAGAGAAGAUGCGAAGUAGAGAGAGGUCGGCAUCUAAAACCGGAUGGAAUAAAAUGAGAGCAUGUAAGAAUUAUAUCAAGAGGACGAAGAUGGGGCGAAGUCAUCAACUUCAGGUGGCGGACGCAGCACGUCGUCUACAUCAGGCCCUACCCGCGUCUUCUCCUUCUCCGUCUCCGUACUGACAGAUUCGGCAGAGGCCUCACCCCCUGAGACCAGCUCGGGCUCGGGCACGGUGGGCUGUCGCGAAGCACGGCGGGGCGGCGGCGAGAGCGCGAUGGGUCCAGCCUCGUGUACCUCCUGCUGGAGCAGCGGGGGGAGCGACCUCCCGUCAACCGACAGCGAGUAGUCCGAGCCCGACGGCGUCGGCGGCGCGAGAUUCAGAAAGUUCGGGUCGUUCUGCGACGUCGUGAUCGGCUCGCCGAUGGGCACCGAGUGCACCGUCGCCUCCAUGAUCGGCGACGGCGGCAAGGCCAGCGGCGCGGGAUAAAACGGCGCCGCCAGGAACAACUGGGCUUCUGGCGACCCCGGCGCUGCGGCAGACGUGACGGGCGAGCUGAUCCUGCGGAAGCGCCGCGUAAGGGAGGAGUGCCGGGACAUCGGCGGAGAGCCUGGGGUCGGCGGUAGCUGGGGAGUCGGCGGCAAGGGCCCACUUGGCGGUGGGAACGCGGGCUGGCCUAGAGUGCCUGUGGGUGAUAUAAGUGCAUCUGUUGGAGUACUGCCUUGGCUGGACGCGCGACGGUGCGUGCGACGGUGCGUGGCACCGAACGCAGUCUCAUCUGGCCGAGGAGGUAGACCGACCGAGGGGGGUGGCAAUGCAGGCGUACCCGACUGUCUUUUGCUCCGUAGCAGCAGAGACUCGCGGAACGACAUCUUCGACGGCGGAGAUGCAGCCACAUCCAGCGUAGACGAAGUCGAUACCGCGCUACCUAGACUGCUAUCGCCAGGUGUCGGCGGCAGCGCACCAUUCGGUGCCGGUCGUUGCGGCGGCGGCACAGACGUGCGAUGGGACGAGCGUGGUCUCUGCCCAAACUUCGGGCUGCCAGUGGGGCCUAGCGCAGGGAUGGCCGACGUAUUGGAGCCGAAGCUCUGCACCGAGGACACAGAGGUACGCUUGCCCGAGAAUGAUCGGGGCUGCAUCUCUGGAUAGUGAUCAGACUUGAUUGAGGAUGUGCGGCUCAGUGGGCUGGUCUCGGCGGCGUAUGGGUGCCGCGAUGCAGGCAUACGAGUGUUCUGCAGCUUAGGGGAGCCAGAGGGAGGACUGCGUGCCGGGUACGGCGGGCUCAUGCGCUGAGGAAGGCUCCCUCGGCGGGACCACCGCCUCGACCUAGGCUCAUCCGGAGAGGACGGCGUGUGCUCAUUGGACCCGUAAGUCGACACAGACGACCACGACGCGCGCGCGCGUCUGUCCUUGGGACGGGCAACAGCGGAUGGCAGCGGAGACGGCAUGGGCGGGCUCGGCGUCAGCAGCUGCAAGUUUUGGACACCCAGGCUCUCCGCUGUGCUCCGGUUCGUGUGCGUGUAGGGAUAUGGCUCAGACUCGGAUGGCGACGACAACGACAGCGCGACUGUGCUCA